CGCUCGCAGCUAGGUCGUGCGUAUUGCUGCCGUCCUACGAUCGUUGGAGUACGUACUUCCCGCGCUCAUGUACACAGUACACACUAUGCGUGCAGACAUGGCUGUGUGAGAAACGCUAAUUGUGUUUGGUGUGCUCGUGUCAACAGUUUGUGACUAACUCGUGAUUUAUAACAUAUCAAAUGGUUCGAAAAAUUGUCGUUGUCGGUAUACGUUAUUACGAAGACCCUUUCUAUAAACAUGUGACGGGUGCGAGUGGGCCACCAGCGGGAUGUGGCCACCAGAGAAACAGAUCGCUGGACUCGGUCCUGCAGAGGAUACCGGAGGACAUGACGCCGACGUCACCCGAAGGUGCGCCGCUGCGGCUGCCCGGUGACGUCGCAACGCCGCGGCUCGCACUUCCUCCCGGCGUGCCCGCCGGCUCUGACGACUCCGGCAUCCAUACGCCGCCCGACGGCGCCGAUGAGGACCGGCCGCAGCCUCCCGCCGCCGCGCGCAGCCGCGAGAGCCUCGACUCCGGCAAUCCCGAGGACACGGACAAGCCGCCCGACCCUCCCGACACAAUACCGUCGAUCCCUAAUGAAAUAUCGGUGGCGGAGACCUCUAAGAACAAGGGAUUUCUCCUCAGACUAUUUGAAAGCAAAUUGUUCGAUAUGAGCAUGGCGAUAUCAUACUUAUUCAACUCCAAAGAAUCGGGCGUCCAGACGUACCUGGCCAACAAGUUGUUCUCGUUCCCUUACGAGGACGUGGACUUUUACCUGCCGCAGCUGGCGACCAUGUACAUAGAGAUGAGUGAUGUAGCGGACGUGCUGCGGCCGUACCUCGUGCACCGCUGCAAACAAAGCGCUGAAUUCUCAUUGCGGCUCGCGUGGCUGCUGACGGCCUUCGGUGGUGACUCGAAGAGGUCCAAGGCGGCCAAGCUGCGAGACUCGAUAUUGGCGGAGGAGAUAAGGCCGGCGGCGCGGCGAGGCCAUCACAGGUCGCAGUCGGACGCCUCCGCGCUCAGGAUCACUACGCCCUCAGGUCGGCAUCUUGGCGACCUGGCGUCCGGUCGCGCCUUCGACAACGGCUGCCUUUGCGGAGAACAAUGCUCAUGUGGCGCACCCAGAUUAGCCCCGCAGACACAGUUUUUAACUGCGCUGACAAACAUCGGCCGGUUACUAGCAGGCGUGGCGGACAAGGAGCGUCGUAACGGUCGUCUACGAGCAGAGCUGGCCUCGCUCGAUCUCAAUCUGCCAGCGCGCGUGUGGCUGCCGCUGCAUCACCGGCCGCAUUAUGUGCUGCGGAUACCACCGCAUGCAGCUGCUGUGCUUAAUAGCAAAGAUAAGGCGCCAUACAUAAUGUACGUGGAAGUAUUAGAGACUGAAGGGCAUGAACCAUUGCCGUCUCGCUUGCUCCCUCCCGCGCCGCCUGCGCCUCACUCCCCUCCAAUUAGGCACACGAAGAGCGAGGAAAACCUGGUGCCUGAGUGGCCGGCGCUAAUGUCCUACACAGCCCCUGAAGAUGAUGCCGGUGAUUGCUGGAGCCAUGAUGAUGAUGAUCUGACGCACUACGCCGCUACUGCCAGAUUACCCGCACCAGAUACACUGUCGCAGAUGUCGUGCAUGUCGGCGGCGUCGCUGCAGUCAGCGUCGUCGUGUGGGUCGCGCGAGUCGCUGGCUGUGGGCGCGGGCGAGGUGCGCCGCCGCCUGGCCGACGCCACCGCCGCGCCGCCACCCAACGCCUUCCGACACGACCCCGCAGAUCCUUCAGCACUCGCUCUCAAGGAGUCAUGGGAGAGCAAACUAGCUCGUAUGCGGUCAUCAUCUCCGUACGGCUCUCUAUCAGGCUGGCGGCUGCUGGGCUGCAUCGUGAAGGUGGGCGACGACCUGCGCCAGGAGCUGCUCGCUGCGCAGCUGCUGCGCCGGCUGAGCGCAGCCUGGCGCGCUGAGCGAGUGCCGCUCAGACUGCGCCCCUACGAGAUACUAUGUCUGGAUGCUGAGUGCGGCCUCAUACAGCCGGUGCUGAAUACGGUGUCCUUGCACCAGAUAAAGAAGCAGUCGGGCAAGUCGCUGCGUGCAUGGCUGGAGCUGGAGCACGGCCCGCCCAAUAGCGAGGGCUUCCUGCGCGCACAGAACAACUUCGUAGAGUCCGCCGCUGCGUAUGCACUUACCAGCUACCUCCUGCAACUCAAAGACAGACACAAUGGUAACAUCCUACUGGACAGCGAAGGCCACAUUAUUCAUAUCGACUUUGGUUUUAUAUUCUCCACUUCACCGAAGAAUUUAGGAUUCGAAAGUUCACCUUUUAAGUUGACUCGAGAGUUCGUGGAAGUGAUGGACGGCGAGGACUCGGACAUGUUCUCGUACUUCAAGAUCCUGAUGCUGCGCGGGCUGGUGGCGGCGCGCAAACAUUGCGACCAGCUCAUACACCUCGUUGAAAUCAUGCGCAUGGGUGGUCAGUUAUCAUGCCUGCGCAGCAGCAGUGCGGUGUCGUCAUUCCGCGCUCGCUUCCACCCCGGCCGCACGGAGCCGCAGCUGCAGGCGCUCGUCGACCGCCUCGUGCGCGACGCACUGCGCUCGCUCUCCACACGCCUCUACGACAACUAUCAGUACUACACCAACGGCAUACUAUAGCCGCGACACAACUUACAACAGUACUACGGCCGCUAUACAACUUAUAAUAGAACACUUUGGACACGAAACAAGUUACAAUAGUAUACUAUUGCCACCAUGCAAGUUACAACAGAAUACUAUGCUUGCUAUAAAAGUUACAACAGUAUACUAUGCCCACUAAACAAGUUACAAUAGUAUACUGCAGCCACUAUACAAGUUGCAAUAGUAUACCACUGCCACUAAACAAGCUACAACACUAUACUAUGGCCACUAUACAAGUUACACCAGUAUACUAUGCCCACGGCCACACUUUCGGACGAUGUGGGCAAAAGUGAAAUUAAAAUGGACGUCUUGUCAUGUUUUUGUCUUUGGUGUAUCUAACCGCGAUGACAGCGCCAUCUCUGGCUUAGAUAAGUUUGUGGAACUACAUGUUGUUGAGUCUAGGAACAUUUUCGUAGACCAAUGUCUGCGGUAUUGUAUAAAAGAAAAUUAUCUGAAUAUCAAUACUAUUUGAAUAAGAUUGAAAAAGAAUGUUAUUUCAAGUAUGGCAUGUUCUAAAGUUUUUCAUCAAAAUAAUAAUAGUUUUUUAUACUGUUAGCUAUUUGUUUUUUGUCUUUAAAUUCUCUUUAUAAAGGGGACAUUAUAAUUUUGUAAAGCCUUAAAUUUUAACUAGUUUUUUGAGUGUAAUUCGCUUGAUAUUAUUCAUUCAUACAAUUUGGUCCCGUCCAUUGUAGUCUCGUUUAGUGAACUUUUAGAUCUAUAUAGAAAUUGUAACAUAAAUUGGACGACAUUAUGUUACUAAACCAUGCUAUAAUUUCAAAUCUGUAAUGAAAACUGAACAAUGUAAAUAAUUCUUUUCUUUUAUUUUAAAAUUCCAUUUGUACUAAAGUCUUAAACUUUUAGGUUAUAUAAUAAAAUCAAGGGUGUGCAAAAAUGUAAAUAAAUAUAUGAAAAAAUGAAAAUAUACUAAUUUUCGCAAUGAGAAGACUGAUUGUUUCAGGCGUGAGUAUGAUUUUAGUUUUUAAUCUCUCCAUUUCUUUGUAUAGUUUUUAAAUUGUAUGUGAAUUAUGAAUGUUAUAUGUGAAUUCGGAGCCUACCCUAAGGUAAGGGUGACCCCUCGGUGGGGAUGUUUUGUGAGCUGAUGAUGAUGAUGUGACUUCGGAAAUGAAAACUUCAAUGUUUAGAAUUGGACAUGUGAAGUUACGAAUGAAUGGUAAUGUAGAUAAAUUUAUUAUUAAUAACUUUGAAUAAACUAUUAUACUUCCAUAUAUCUAUUUGUGUGACGAGCUAAAUAUAUAACUAUAUCUGCUUAUAUAUAAAUUUAAUAUUAUGUAAUUGUCAUGUAAAGUAAAUA